AUGCCUGGAGCGACGCUGUGGAUUGAGCGAGGGGUUGAGGUUCAUAUUUGGCCAAAUGUGCGCAUUCUUGUGUUAGGAGAUCUGAUUGCGGAUGCGACCUACUGGGAACCGAUAAGGUUCAAGCCAAUCAACACAACAGAAUUUGACGAAAUGCGGGGGAAAAUCGGUACCAGAUACAAGCGCAGCACAAUUUUCCAACGACGUCGUAAACGUAGCGACGUCGGCCAGAGGAUUCAGAGAUGGCAACGUCGCCGUAGAGCCAGCCGAGCUCGUCCUGACGAAGUCUACACUCAGUUUCCUCUGCUUUACCGUGAUGACCCAUACUAUCAGCGCUUUACAGUCUCCCUCAACGAAAAUAGUACCAUUCGAGGUCGAGCGGGAUUCCUACAGAUUUACAACGCCACCACAGGCGAGACCAUUGCCUCAUGCGACAGACAAUUCACCGUUCGAAAUGCACAGGUUGUUUGCCGUGAGCUGGGACUCGAGACAAUGAACGCUUAUCACUGGCUCACACCUCGAUGGGAUUACAACCCCCAGAUUCGAUUGGUGAAGACGUACGUGGAACCACGAGAAUGUAGAGGAACGGAGCCCAGUCUCGACAGAUGUCAACUUCGGCUCACCGGCAACGACUCUCAGUGGCAAUGUAUGGACAAUGAACACUUCAAUUACAUUUACUGCGGACCAAACACAACCUUGGAUCGGAUUUAUAUUGGCAACUGGGGUGGCCUGAAGCUUUGCACGAGCAUCACUGGAAUUGGAUCAACUGCCAAUGCAUCCAUACUACGUAAUGUUGAAAUCGUUGGUGGUGGUUCUGGCCACAAUGACAGUUUGCAGUCCGCUGGAUUACAGUUAUUUUAUCGUUCACCGCUGAUAGACCACGUGAAUGUAACCAACAGUAGUAUGCAUGCGAUACAGGUGUUGUCUCCUCGUGAAAAGGUGAUUCUCAACAUGGUGAAUGUCACAAAUAACGGUGGUGUGGGGAUCAACAUCAUGACAGCCAGUGUGCAAGGCCCUACCACUAAUGCAGAGACUCCUUUUCAACCGCUUCACAUACCGUACUACUCGCAAGGAAUGGUUGACAUAUGUGCAGCUGAGAAAAUGAUGCAAAUCAGCAAUAGGGUCCUGGUCUACUACAAGUAUGACUCGAUUCCCGUGGAUUGUGUGAAGAUUUUCUCCUCGGCAGGAAGGAAAGUCGCGUUCCGAUUCCUUCCAGGUGAAUCUCUAUUCCGCACUGCAGAACUGGGUCGAAUCAGAAUGCCUGUGAGAAUUAUCACGCAAUUCAAUAGCUUUAGGGCCAAUUACACUCUUGGCGCUGAGUACGCCUCAAUCAAAAUGGCAUCCGAACUUUUCUCGGUCUUAAUCUUUGGUUCCAGAAUCGAUCGCGACUCAACGCCGUUUUCAAAAGCAGUAAGUGCCGAUGUGUUGGCCCUACACUUUCGUGGAACAGCAGCCGAUGGCGAAUAUGGUUUCAUCGCGGAGAUCUCAAGCAUUCCUAGCUCUCCCGAUUCAGGUACCGUGGAUCAAGUGAUAGUCCGAGGAUCAAGGGUAGACAAUAACGAUCGAGGAGCUAUUAUUUAUCAGAAUGCCGGUGAGAUGAGUCCUGCCGUAAUAAUCGAAGAUUGCUCGCUAAGUCGCAAUGGUAUCCACCUGUUCGGCAACAUAUCCACGUCGAUGCACGCUGUUGAACUUCAUCUUCACAAUACCAUGUUCGUACUGUUCCGCGGGAAUUCGCUAGCCUAUAAUCGUGGUGGUCUCCUUAUGUCGGCGCGGUCAUCGUCCGCUGUCGCUCGUCUGAACGCCGUCGUCAAAAAUAACCUUUUCUCGUGGAACAGCAACAGUACCACCAUUGCUCUCUACGGUAACAACUACCAGAUGGUAACCAUGCUGAACAAUAUCAUCUCGCACAACUACGCUCUCUACUACGACACCGUUAAAAUCCACGACAUGUCGGUGAACCUGACUAGGAAUAUCUUCUAUGCCAAUGUGGGGCUGCAUACUGUCGACUCAAAAGGAUAUUCUCGUAUAACAUCAGAGACUCAGACGUUCCUCUAUAACAACUUUGAGGAAAAUAUUGCCCUCGGUCAUGGUCAUCAGUACAUGGUGACUGGCAGUUCUCAACAGCACUAUCGGGGAAACGUCUUGAAUAACAAAAAGAAUCCUUACGAGCUGACUACAUCCAAGCGAACCCAGUACGACAUCGGAUCUAUAGACGCUCGACUCAAUUACUGGGGAUAUCCUGGUGUUGAAAGUGUGGCAGCCGGGAAAAUUCGUGACUUUUCUGAUUACCCAUACCUUAUUAAGGUAGACUAUCAGCCUGUGUUGGAAUCGAACUCUUCCCUUAUCGAAGGCGACUGUCCAGCUGGAUGGUUCCUGGCUGGUCUGGAAGAGUUCAAGUCAUGUUUCCUCUUUGUUGGAGCUGCAGCCACCUACACUGAUGCGGCAAUGGAUGCUUUUGUGCCAUACCUGAGAACGACGACGUCCGUCAGAAAGAAAUCGCUCAUCGAAUCGAGCAGUACAGCCAGCAGUACCUCACUGAUGCAGAGAGAUUCGAUCUGUUCGCGGUAUGUUUCGAGACAAUUUUCACAGCAGUGA